AUGGGCUCAAAAAAUGGUGCUUCCCCAAAAGAUGACACCGUUGGCCUUGCGAAAUCACUCACACUGUUCAAUGGUGUUUCUAUAAUCGUUGGCUGUAUCAUUGGAUCUGGGAUAUUCGUGUCACCGACGGGUGUCCAAGAAAAAGCGGGAAGUGUCGGGUUAUCGUUGAUUGUUUGGGUUGCUUGUGGUUUGUUCGCUGCAGUUGGUGCUUACUGUUACGCCGAACUUGGUACUCUAAUUCACAAGUCGGGUGGAGAUUAUGCGUAUAUUAUGGAAUCAUUUGGUCCCUUUCUGGCUUUCAUACGUCUUUGGGUUGAAGCUAUAGUAGUUAGACCUUGUACUUGCACCGUUGUAGCGUUGACUUUUGCGAUUUAUAUGCUGCGACCAUUUUAUCCAAAUUGUGAUCCACCUGCCGAACUUCCGGCAUUGCUUGCAACAGUUUUACUUGUAAUUCUGACAGCAAUAAAUUGCAUGUCAAUACGAUUAGCAACUUUCGUUCAGGAUUUUUUCACUGUUGCAAAACUGUUUGCACUGUGUUUGAUUAUUGGCACUGGUGCAGUGCUGCUAAUAUCAGGAAAACCACAGUACAGAGAGUCGUUUGAAAAUAUGUUCGAAAAUACGACGCCUGACGUUGGGACUGCAUCGCUGGCGUUUUAUUCCGGUCUUUUUGCAUAUCAGGGAUGGAAUUAUUUAAAUUUCAUCGUUGAGGAAUUACAAAGUCCGAGGCGAAAUUUGCCAUUGGCAAUUGCAAUAUCAUGUACUGUGUGCACGGUAAUCUACACGUUAACAAAUGUUGCUUUAUAUACGGUGAUCACACCGGAUGACAUGUUGAGUAGUCCAGCAGUUGCUGUUGAAUUCGCUAAUAAAACGUUUGGGCCAUUUGCCUUUGUAAUGCCCAUAUUCGUUGCAUGUUCGACAAUUGGUUCAGCGAAUGGAGUAAUUUUCACUUCAUCCAGGUUAUUCUACGUUGGAGCACGAGAAGGACACAUGCCGCUGGUUUUAACAAUGAUUAAUAAAAAUACCCGUACGCCAAUUCCUGCAGUCAUUUUUACGGGAUUGCUUUCCAUAGCUUUUCUCAGUUUGUCCAACAAUGUCUUUUCACUUAUCAAUUAUAUCCAAAUAGUGUAUUGGUUGGCUAUUGCCUGUGUGAUUGCAGCACUGUUUUGGUUACGAAAAAAAAUGCCGGAUGCUGAAAGGCCUAUCAAGGUUAACCUAUUGUUUCCGAUAAUUUUCUUAAUUGGUUGUGUUGCUUUAGUGGUCGUUCCUAUUGUUGGUUCACCGAAGGAUACAGCAAUUGGUAUCGGAAUAAUGCUUACUGCGAUUCCUGUUUAUUUAAUAUUUGUGGCAUGGAAAAGUAAGCCAAGAUGCAUUGGGAUAGCUUCAGAAAUAAUGACUAAAUUCAUCCAAAAGUUGUUUAUUGUUGUGGACGAUGCGAAGGAAUCAUGA